AUGACCUAUCUCAUCCCAAACAUCAAGAAACCCCCAGAAAACUCAAAUCUAGAUGCCAAGUUUCUAGGUAACUUGAAGAUUGACGCUACGCCACGUAGAAUGCAUUCGAUGAUCAAACUUCUCGCAGGGGUGCACCCCGUGGCUACUGUCGCUUGGAAUUUCUGUCUACUGUAUUCGAGUUCCUUGUUCAAGAUCGUCGAGUGCGUCAUUUUCAUUGAAGGCUAUGCAAAGAAGAGUGGGAUAGAGCAUCUUUUCACGAUGGACGUAUCGGGUCAAGCUGAAAAAUUUCGUCAAGCCUUCAUCGACCUGAAGGGCUAG